AUGAUUGAGACCCAACUUGCUCAACUAGCUAGCACCAUUAAAGAGCAACAAGUGCACACUAGUCUCCCACCUCAAGGUCAAGCGCCUAAACAAAUGUAUUCGGUUGUGACUCGGAGUGGGAUGACUCUAGAUGAUGGUGCUAAUCUAGUUGAUGCACCUUGCUUUAGGGGUGAGGAUCCUAAGGGGAAUGAGUCUCCGGACUAUGAUAUUGCGGAAGAGGAGUCCCAUGUCGAUGGUGUGAUUGAUGGUGUUAAGUCGACGGGGACUACUCUUCUUCCUCUCCCAAUUCCACCUCCCCCCUAUCCUCAAAGAAUUUCUGGAAAUAAACUUGAUGAUCAAUUUCACAAGUUUUGGGAAACCAUUAGCAAGCUUUAUGUGUCAUUGUCUUUCACCGAGGCACUCAAACAAAUGCCUCACUAUUCUAGAUUCAUGAGAGAUAUUCUUAGUGGCAAGAGAAGUUGUGAAGCAAAGGAGACCGUGCAACUCACGGAGAGUUGUAGCGCUCUAAUUCAACACUCCUUUCCCCCAAAACUCAAUGAUCCCGGUAGUUUUUCUAUCCCUUGUAGUAUUCAAAAGCUCAAAUUUGAUAAUGCUUUUUGUGAUUUGGGGGUGAGUGUGAGCAUCUUGCCAUAUAAGACCUGUGAGAAGCUCAAGCUAGGUGAUCUCUCUCCUACCGCUAUGUCAUUGAAACUAGCCGGUCGAUCGGUUAUGUUGCCAUUGGGUAGGAUUGAGGAUGUUCCCCUCGUUGUUGGCAAGCUUACUUUCCUUGUUGAUUUCGUCGUCUUGGACAUCGACGAGGAUGCCCAUACCCCAAUUAUCUUGAAGAGGCCAUUCUUGGCUACAGCGGGUGCUCUCAUCGAUGUUCAAGGUGGCCUUAUCACUUUGAAGGGCGGGAGACGCCAAGGCUAG